GGCAUGGCGAGGAAGACAGACGCGGGCCGGGACUAUGGCCGGCCCACGAAGAAGCGCAAGCCCGCCAAGCGCGCAGCUGCAACGAAUGAGCCCAGCGCAGCCUUUCUAGCAGCUCUCGAGGCCCAGCGCGCGAGCCACACCACACCGGCGCCCGAGCCAACACCGGCGCCCACGCCCCGCGCGAUGCCAGGGUUCUACUACGACGCCGAGCAGAAAAAGUACUUUCGCGGCAAGCCGCCCGCGAAGACGCAUCUAAGCCUGCACAAGCUCGUUGUGUCGACACCUACAGCGAGCUCCGCGCGGCGCUUCGACGGUCGGUCCAACGUCGCAACGUUCCUUUCGAUGCGCCAAGUGCGCGCUGAAUGGACAAGUCGUCACGACCACGAUCUCGCGCGUCUUGUGUGGCGCAAGGCCCCUUGCAUCACGUCGCUUCUGUCGCCCGUGUACCGACCGGUCGACAUGGCAUUGGCCCAUGGCCGGCUCGCCGUCGCAGAUGCCACCGGCAGUAUUGCCGUGUGCGAAUUGACAGAGGCAGGUGUCCAAAGCAGCGUCGAGAUUGCAGCGGACGCUGCGCUGCAAAUGACGCGCGUACAGUGGCAGCGAGCCUACCAAAGUAGUACGCCAGCGCUUGGCUACACGGCGCUCGGUGGUGCCAAUCGUCCAGGGUUUCUUCGUGUGCAUCGCGAGAAUACGCUGCUUUACAACCAAGCUCUUCAGGACGCGUGGUGUCUUGCGUGGCAUCCCCACAAGUCGACGCACGUCGCCGUCGGAGCGACCCACAAGAAGGCGCGGGCCAUGGUCGUAGAUAUCGAGCACAACCAGCGCGUUCGAGGGCCGUCGUCGAGCGCAAACUCCGAUGUUUUUGCACAAGCCUUUCUGAGCUGCGGCCAAGUGCUUCUGAACGGCACGCGCAGCGGUGUCGCCUGGCUCUGGGACCUCCGGGCGCACACAGCGUGCUUGCAACUGAACCUGCCCCGCGCCGCGUCCAUCAGCGACGUGGCGAUCCUCCGCAACGACGUCUCGUGCAUCCUCGGGGCGCGCGACGGCGGCAUCGAGCGCUACGACCUCCGCGCUCUGCGCGCACCAGUGCUGACGUACGCAUUGCCGGCACCAGCGCAGGCACAUGCCACGCGGCUCGCAGUGGACGCGAAUGAGACGGUGCUGUGCGGCCACGCCAGCGCGCACGAAGUCGGUCUCUGGGACGUCGACUCGGGGCACUUGCUGUCGCGCGCCCUGCAGACACCAGCCGACGCACAACUCGUUGGUGUUGCGCUCGAUGCGACAUGUGCGUGGCGCGUCCGGCGGCACUUCUGCUUCUUGCUCGAGGAGUAUUAG